AUGGUCGCUUUAAGGACCAGUUUUCUAAAUGGAUCGAAAACCAAAGCGGUGCGGUAUCACACAAUUUUACGGCCGAUACUUCAGCAGCGAUUCUUACGCGCUUCUUUGGCGUUGUAUUGUUUGUGUUGUGUAACAUCAUAUUGGCUCGCGUCUGGAUCCAUUUUCUCCCUGAAAUUGAUUUUUGGAAGUUUUUUCAAAGGCAUACUAUGCUUUUUAUUUGUAUUCCCAUAUUUUGUAAUGCUGAAAAGCAGAAUGACCACCACCAAGAAUGUUCAUAGCUCAUUAGCAAAAGAUCUUAUGACAAGCUUUUCUCCUCGAUCAUUCUUUCCUGUGUAUAUCUCUUUUGUUGUUUCCGUUGGGAUACUCACGAUUGCAUAUGUCCAGGGCCACGCUUCUUCCGCUCGUUUACAAUGGGUAACAAGCGCGCGAAUGUAUGAAUUACCAAGACUUAACGAACGGUUUGUUUAUAUGAUGUUUAUAGCUGCAAUGAUGGCUUUCGCUUCUGCAUGUGAGCAUCUCUAUUUUGGGCGGGAUACACCUGAACAACCUGUCCUACAAAUACCCUUUUUUGUUUAUGUGAAACAAAACAUUCCUUCUAUGUUUAAGUUUUCGGUUAUUAAAUCUUUAGCAUGUGGAUUUGCUUCCCCUAUUAUUUAUGCGAUUUUCCGAUCUUCUAUUUGGAAAACUUUUUUGAUUUUUACCAAAUGCUUUCACAGACUUGCUGCUUCCAAAGCACUUCCUCGUUGGCCAGUAAACCUUGGUCUGUUGUUUCAUAGCUUGUGGAUGACUUUUCUUAUAAACAUUUCAUUGAAUAUGGCUCUUUUAAUUUUCCGUAUCUUUUUAUAUGCCGGACCCGUUGUUCGUUCUCGCUUUAUCAGUAUGCGCUCUAAUGACCCUAACGGUACCUUAUUAGAUGGGAUUAAGACGAGAAACAAGCCGCUAACUCAAUGUAUCGCUUCACAAGAGUUGUACUUAAUUUGCUCCAAGGAUCCAAAGCGAAUUCAAAGCAUUCUUCAAGAUAUUGAUAGGAAGACUAGUGUUUGGCAAGAGAUUCUAAAUUAUACCUUAAUGCUGUGUGAAAGUCUCUCUACUUCCUUGCAGCAAUCUUCUGUUACUAAAAAAUCCAGUGCUACUGAGACUGCUCAAUCAAGCUCAAGACUCAAAAAUGGUUCCGCAACAGAAGCCUUCAAUACAAUUCCUCUUAAAGAGGAAAAUGUUUUUGCCUCUAGCUCUUCUCAACGUUCUCGGCUUUUGGAGAAGGUAAAAAAGCAUGGUAACUUCAGCUCACCCGAUGUCUCUCAGAAUUCCUUCCUUGAGUCAUUGGUACCCGCGUCUAUUCGUAAGCAGUUCUCGAAGUAUCCUUCAGUUAUUUACAGAACUUCCUUGUUCAAUAUAUUCCGCAAAACCUUGGAUCGAAAAAAUGCAGCUGUUUUAAGUAACCCAUGGUUACUUGAAAUACAUAUUACCAGUUUGUCACUACUUGUUUUAAAAUCGUUACAGUAUGACACGUAUGGUGUGGUUGCUCGUGAUAUUUCAGAUAUCUUAACUGUCUAUUGUGAUACCUACGAUAAAUUAAUUGCUUAUAAGCGCAACCCUCCUAUUCACGCCUCUGAUGUCUUUGCAUCGGAACGAACUCAUGAUUUUGAUGAUAUGGACCGAAUUAUUGCUUGUUUGAGAGACGGUAUUGUUGAAAUUACCGAAAAAUUCCAAGAUUUUUUCUUACAAUUGAACAUUCCAACUAAGGUAGAACGCCGUUGCUGGGUGUUGUACCGAGGACGAAACUCAACUACUUGA